AUGGAGAUGAUCCACCAGUUGUCCCGGCAAGGUUUUUUUUUUGAAGGGAGUCUGGCGAGUGACGAGCGCAGCGCCUCGGAGGAGCGCGAACGCAUCGUGCAGAGACUCCCUGCUUCUCUCCAGGCGAUGCUCCUGCGGGCCAAGCUCACGCUGACCGACGCUGAGAUCCAACGAAUGUCCUGCGCGACGGCUGAUCAGCGGUGUGAGGCGCUUCGUAUGAUCUUUGAGGGUAAAUCGGCGGAUGAGGCAAUAUUAUUUCUGCUUCAUGAAAGCUCUCGCAACACGACGCCAGUGUCGUCAGCGGGUCCUGCGAAUCCCUCGACAAGGGCAGCAACGAUGGAGUUGACGGCUAAUUGUCAUUCAGUGACACGCCGGUCGAAUAGCGACAAAGCGUUGGACCCGUCGUCCUCUUUGCCCUCAACACAUUCCUCACAUUCCCCCCGUGAAAAGGAGGAGGUGACUGUUCAUUUUCCUCCUCCGCCUUCUUUGCGUUGCACCGGCAUGACAAAUUUCUACAGCGCUGGGGACGAUAAAGAUGUUAAAGACAUUUCUUCACUUCCUGGUGUGUCUUCACUGCACUCUCAUCCUCAGCCAGCGUCUGCACAAGUCCUCCGUGAAAUCAAUGUAAAUACUGCCGCUCUUUCAGCACCAAUGGAUUUGGCGGGGAAAAUGAUGGGCCAGCCUCACGUAAAAUCCAAGAAGAGCCCGAGUCCGGAUGUGGUAGAAUAUUCUCCCCCAGUUUCUGGGGGAAUUCCAGCGAUGACGGUGAAUAAAGCAGCACAAGAGAGUGGCUGGUCAAAUGUCUCGCCGGUACCCAUGUAUCCAACCUCAGCUUGCUCGGCAUGGGAUGACCAUUUCAAGACAUUUAUUGUGCAUCCAAAUCAAUUAAAGCGACUGGAAGAAUUGGAACGACAAAUGGCACCCCCUGCCGUUGUACGUCCUCUCAGGGAUGGAGCUUUUCGUCGCUUGAUGACAGAUGAGCAUCGGCAAUUUUCACGUCAAAACACCAAAUCAGUGAAAACGCCACCCACUUCGUCUUCUUUCUCUGGGAAUCAUCAAAAACACACUGCCGGCUCCGGAAAAGGCGGCGCGCCCUUGACCUCACGAACGCAAAGUACGUGUUACUCGCCUGGCAAUGAACAUGUUUCUCCGACCCCGUACGUGCCACCACUGCAGAUCGUGAGGAAAAAAAAAGGUAAAGAAGAUGUAUUUACUCGUUUGUAUAGUGUGAACUCUUUGCGGGGAACUCCAAGAGUGAGUACAGCACGUGAGAGAACAUGUAGUUUAUUUUCUCAUGGAAGUAUUGCAACUGCGCGUGGUGACAAACUUCAGCGCAGUUCAUCUGAUUACAUUGGCCGGACCCCAAGGCGGAGGGGAGAAGUUGUGAAUGCUCAUCCGACGUGGUGGACAACAUGCUGGCGUAGAACUUCUCAUGAUCAACGCUUUCAGUCCACACCCGUAAGGGUACCUUCUUCAGGAAGGCAUGGACGUUUGCUUGCGGAGUCACCUGUGACCCGAAAAAGGCCACCUGCGCCUAAUUCUUUUUCUCCUGAAAGUCCUGUUCAACGGCUUCAGCGAACUGCUACCACAAUAGACCGUUACUCUCGCCUAGUUGGAUCCUCUACAUGGAGUGCUAGUUGUGAUGCGUACGGCACGUUUUAUUCAGAAAAUGCCAUCCAAGGAAAGCAGCGGGGUGGCUGCAACAUGUCUGCUUCCACUUUAGGGAACAGGCUGAAACGCUCUUCAACCGCGACCACGUGGCGUUGA